AUGGACAUUCUUACGAGACACCUGCAGGCCAUGGCGGACGCCGUCGACUUCCCGUACAUGGAUCGCUGGGUGGAGGACCACAUCGACAUCCCUAUCGUCGCCACGGCACUGUACCUCCUCCUCGUCCAUGUCGUGAGCGAAACCUUUAUGAAGAACCGCCCCGCCUACAACCUGCGCACCAUAAGCAUCGUGUGGAAUUUGCUUCUGUCUCUCUUCUCCUUCGUUGGCGUCUACUACUGUGUACCACGGCUGUAUGAGUUGGUGACGGCGCCCGCGAUCAGCGGGUUGGAGCCGAGCACGCUGCGAUAUGUUGCAAGCAUGACACCGGGCAUGCGCCGCAACAUCGUCAUCCCGCCUGGGUUCCGCGAGGGUGUAGAUGCUGUAACCGUACGCGGCUCUCUGGAUACGUCAAUCUGCGUCUUCAAGGAUGACAUGUACCGCCGCAACAUCUCGGGACUUCUUUGCCUGGCCUUCAUGUUCAGCAAGAUCCUGGAGAUGCUCGACACCGCCCUCCUUGUCUUUCAGAAGAAGCCCGUCAUCUUCCUCCACUGGUAUCACCACGUCACCGUCAUGCUGUACUGCUGGCAUGGGUGGAUGUCGGUAACCAGCAGUGGUCUGUGGUUUGUCUGCAUGAACUACGGCGUGCACUCCAUCAUGUACUUCUACUACUUUCUGGCUGCCUGCGGGUACCGCAAGUACGUGCGCCUUGUUGCCCCGCUCAUUACCUUCCUCCAGAUUGCGCAGAUGGUGGUCGGCACCAUCAUUGCCGUGUAUGUGUUCUACAUGGACCAAUUUGGCGGCGGUUGCGACUGCCGCUCCUCAAACGCGAAGCUGGCAUUGAUGAUGUACGUCUCCUACGUCAUUCUCUUCAGCAACCUCUUCCGUAGCCGGUACAUCAAAAAGACGUCGAGGUCGGCCGCACCGUCGACGCUGCCGGUGAUGUUGAACAACGACUACAAGAAGUACGAGUGA